AAACCCUCUCAUCCUUUGAUCCCUUCCUCCCCCGACUCUCCUCUCCUCCGCGCCACCGUCGCCAGCGCCGGUCCCGGCUCCACCACCAUGUCGGCUGUCUCCAAGCCGUUCAUCCACCUCAAACCCCUUACGCGCCACCACCCGCAGCACCACCGCCAAUGCCUCCAUCGACUCCUUCCCAUCCGUCUCCUCUCCUUUUCUACUCCAGAGGAAGCAGCGGCAGAUCGCCGUCGACGCAAGCGCCGCCUCCGCAUAGAGCCUCCUGCCAACUCCCUCCGCCAUCAUGCUCCGCGACCGCCCCCCUCCUCGAAGACCGGCCCAAACCCUAAUUCACCGAAGCUCCCCGAGACCGUCUCUGCUCUCUCCGGAAACCGCCUCAACCUUCAUAACAGAAUUCUCGCCAUGCUCCGCCUUCAUCACCACGAAGACGCCGUCCUGCUCGUACGCCACUCUAUCUACUCCAACUGCCGCCCCACCAUCUUCACUGCCAACUCCGUGCUCGCCUAUCUCCUUCGCCAUGGCCGCUACGCCGACCUCCUUUCGCUCCAUCGUUUCGUCACGCAGGCGGGCAUCGCCGCCAACGUCGUCACCUACAAUCUCCUCCUCCAGGCGUAUUGCGACGUCCGCAAGGUGGAUAUCGCGCUCGAGACCUACACUCAGAUGAUAAACGAUGCUCCCUUUAACCCGUCCCCCACCACCUAUCGCAUCCUAGUCAAGGGCCUCGUGGACAGCGACCGCGUGGAGCGCGCCGUUGAGCUUCUCAGGGAGAUGCAGGAGAAAGGGUACGCCGCCGAUCCCGUUGUCUACAACCUUGUCAUGUCUGGUCUCGUUAAGAACGAUGAGUUCGAUAGAUUUUUAGAGUUUUACGAAGAAUUGAAGGGGAAAACCAGGGUUUUGGAUGGUGGAGUUUACGGAACGCUGAUGACGGCGUACUUCAAGAGGGGUAUGGAAAAGGAGGCUAUGGAUUUGUACAAUGAAUUUUUGGAAUUGGAUUACAAGGUCAGUGCGGUUGGAUACAAUUCUGUGCUGGAAGCUUUGAGCAAGAACGGGAAAUUGGAUUCUGAAGCGAUCGGGCUCUUCGAUUCAAUGUUGAAAAUUCACGAUCCUCCGAAGAGAAUUUCAGUGAACUUGGGGUCAUUCAAUGUGAUGAUUGAUGGGUAUUGUAGCGUCGGCAGGUGUGAUGAGGCAAUGCAGGUCUUUAGGGGGAUGGGAGAUAGCAAAUGUAGCCCAGAUACGUUGUCAUACAACAAUUUGAUGAACCAAUUGUGCAAGAAUGGCUUGAUUACAGCAGCGGAAGGGUUUUACAAUGAGAUGCUGAGCAAGGAGACAGUUAAACCGGAUGAACUGACAUAUGUGUUGCUUGUUGAUGCUUGUUUCGGAGCUAAGAGAGUGGAGGAUGCGAUUGGAUACUUCACGAAGAUGGUGGAAGCAGAGUUGAGGCCGAAUGUAGCUGCAUAUAAUAAACUAUUCACUUGGUUGUUUAAGGAAUCAAAGAUUGACGAUGUGAAGAAAUUCUUCGAGCAGAUGGUGGAGAGGGAACUGAAGCCGAGUGAGGAGACUUAUGAUAUAAUGCUGAAGGGAUUCAAUGGGGCAGGAAACUUGGAUGAGAUGCUGAAGGUGGUGGCAAGAAUGCUGGAAGAUGGCACCGGAUUAUCUGGGGAGAAACUAGACUUUGUUAAGGAUGUAUUAAAGGCCGAGGGAAAAGAAAGUGAGUUGCAGAGGUUAUACGACGAGCAGGCUGAGAAGGAGAGGUUGGCCAAGGAGCAGGCAGAAAGAGAGAAGGCAGAGAAGGAGAGGGCUGAGAGGGAGAAAGCAGAGAGGGAGAAGGCGGAGAGGGAAAGAGCAAAUGAGGCCCUAGCAAGGUUGUUGCAGUCUAAAGGGAAGCCACUUGGGCAGGCAGGAGAAAAUGCAGAGGUUCCAGCAGCAGAGGUCGUGCCGACUGUGCAGGCUGGAGAGGCUGGACCAGAGGGUGGUGAGACUCAGGCAGUAUCAGCAUCGACAAAUGGUGAUACGAUAAACGAGCAAGCUAAGGUUAACGUGUGAACCUGUCAAACAGGUGGGUGGUUUAGUGUCAUCUUGAACUAAAGGGCUGAAGAUGGUGAUGGAUCUGAACUCUAAUAUGAAAACAGCUUUUUGGUAAAAAAAUUCAAACUGCUUCUUUUGGCAAUUUUUACGAUGAAAAGUUCUAUUGUUAUUCAUGUUGUAGGAGCGAAUCCGGGUGUGCUUACCAACGCCUGGGACUUGGGAGGUUUUUGGGGAUCAUAUGUGUUAGGAACAUAGAAAUCACUUCAUAAUGAGAACCUUAUAAGAUUGAUGAGUGUUUAAUCAUCAGCCAUUAUACUUA